AUGGGCGAGCUUGCGGAAGAACUACCCAUUCCAGACAAUGCUCAAGACUUGUCGAAAUUGUUACGUUCAAUAAACACCAAACCAUACCAAAUUGCCCAGAUUGUCUCAAGAUUUGAUAAAUUGAAAGUUUACUUCCCAAACAAAGAAGUCUUUGUCUUAGAACUGCUUAUAGAUAGGCUUAAUAAUGGAAAUUUAGAUGAUUUCAAGACUAGUGAACAUACUUGGGUUAUUUUCAAAAGACUGUUGGAAGCAAUUAGUGAUUCAAUAUCAAUAAAAAAACUAUUGAAAAAACUGAAAACAGUUUCUGUUAUGAUAAAGACCUUUCAAUUGUGGCCGAAGGACAAACUGAACAGCGGUCGCGGUUCUUUUGUGAGUGCAUUUUUUUCUAUUAAUAGUUAUUUAAUAGUCAAUUUCUCUGUUGAGGAAUCCUUCCAACUUUUGGAACAAGUUAUAAACGGGUUAAGUUCAUUCUCAACACCCGAAAUUGCCCUGUCAUAUCUACAAGACGCCUGCAGUCUAACUCACAUUGACAACAUUAUUGCAACGGAUAACAAAAUUGCUGCUUGUUAUUGCAAACACAUGCUACUGCCAAGCUUAAAGUAUUUUUCACAGGUUGAACAGCCUACAUCUUCAAGAAAAACUUUCGUUUGCCUGUCCGGUUUUAUGAGCAAAUUCCUUCUACAACCACGUGUAGACUAUAUGAAACUAAACGAAAAGUUCGUUCAAGAGAAUGCAUCCGAAAUUAGCGAUGAAAUGGCUUAUUAUUAUUUUAGUAGUUUUGUAGAAUUCCUAUCGAAAGACAAUUUUGCUCAACUAGAAGCUAUCUUUACCGUUCUCGCUGCCAAAAAUCCUGGUUUAAAGUGCCGAUUUCUGGCUCUUCUAUCUGAUUCAAAGAAAACCGUUUCUCAAGAGUUUUUAGAGAACCUGUUAUUUGAAACCUUAUCAUCAAGUAACGGACAUGAAUCAUUAUCGUUAAUACCAACUAUCCUGAAAUUAGAUAUUGAAGUUUCCAUAAAACAUACUUCCCGCUUACUUGAGUUGGUUUAUUUGAAACAUUCUACCGAUGCUCUCUUUUCUUAUCAAAUUUGGGAUUUAAUAAUCCAGUCUCACGCGAACGCAAGAGAAUUACCAAUCUUCUUUAACAAAAUAAAUGAAUAUUGUUCCGAAAAAAAGCCUGAUUCUUAUUUUUUGUUGAAUGAUCAAGUAUAUGUCAAGUCUGUUACGAAGCAGUUAUUUACGUUAUCUACAAUGCAAUGGAAAAAUUUACUGCAAAAUUUACUUGACCAAGUUAAUCGCGAUUCCACUAAUAGGGUUCCCUUAUACCUGAUACGCAUAUGUUUAGAAGGACUAUCAGAAAGUGUUUCUCACACAACUCUUAAUGAAUUAAAGCCUAUAUUAUCCCAGGUAUUUAUUUUGGAGUCUUUCGAUAACAAUCUUCAAUGGGACUUGAAAUACCAUAUAAUGGAAGUCUAUGAUGACAUUGUCCCUGAAGAGGAAUUAAAGAAAAUUGACCACAUAUUUUCCUCCAAUAUUUUUGAUACUACACCAGAACAUCUUGAAGAGCUAUUCUUUUAUUGUUUCAAAUUAAGAGAGUAUAUCUCUUUUGACAUUUCCGGUGUAAUCUUGAAGUUCAUGCGUCAUUUUGAAAAUCUGGAUCAUGAAACCAAAUCAAAUUUAUCGUUUUCUAUCGUGUCAAAAUUUGCAACUUUAGUCAACAACAACUUUUCGAGAGACGAUAUUUCUUCCUUGGUUGAUUUGUUAUUAACAGAUUCGACUAAACUGUGGGAAUUAUUAAACAAUGAUGACAUUUUCGAAGAGGCAAAUAUCACACAUGCUUUGGUAAAUAAGCUUGCUUUAUCAUGCGACAAGGGUUUUGCGUUAGACGCAUUGAUCCAAAUCCCUAUUCAAUGUAUCAACAAAAACGUAAGGGUCGCACUUAUCAACAAACUUACGAGUGAAGCUGCCUGUUUAGAUGUUAGUGCCAAGAAAUGUAUCCUUCAUCUAUUAGCAAGCCCAACUUUCAAGUCAAAUAUCGAAAUGGAUUUCUUUGAAUUAUGUGAGAAAACAGUAACGACUCCCGAAAUAGCUAUUUUAGAAAGCGAAGAAGUACAAGUUGGAGGUGAAGAAUCCGUUUUCGAAAAAGUCUGGACUAACCAUUUAUCACAGGCAAAAGAACCUAUAAGUGAGAAGUUCUUAAAUAACGGAUAUGAUGUUAUUAAGAAGACGAUGUUAUCGCCCAAUGGCGAGGAGAAAAUAAUCCUUGCUAGUUUUGUUGUCGCAAAAUUUUUGAAACAAAAUACUAAACAUAGGGCGGUUCAAGACAUAAUCGUCAACUAUGCCGUAAAGAUCAUAGAAGAUUAUUCGCAACAGUUUGACCCUAAGGCAAUCCCCCUUCUCAGAACCUCUAUGGCCAGAUUAUAUGAGAUAGCAGCAUUCGGAAAAUGUGACAUUUCCAAGCAUAAAGCAACAAUUCUAGGAUCAUUCUCUAAAAUCAUGCUUCGGUACCAUUCCGACAAAAUACGUCACCCAAAAGAAGAGCAGGAAAUGUUUUUGCUUCAUUCACUCUUGGUCGACGAUAAGUUAGAAUACAUUUUUGCGGAGUACUUGAAUAUUAGCCACACAGUUAAAUGCGAUUUUGCUUUAGAGUUUUGCUUAAUAAGAAGUCUUGAACAAGGCCCUGAUGCCCUUAACCGCCUUAUUUUGAAUAGCGCCCAAUCAUUCUCCACCAUCAAUGAAAUUUGUGCUGAAAAAUUUAUUACAAUUUUUAUCAUAAUGUUGAAACAGAUCACAAGGGACAACAAUCUUGGACAUCAUCUUUUUGUAGUUGCGAUGCUAGAAGCCUAUACCAGUUGCAACGUCAAAAAGUUUGGCCACAGGUCUUACUUACUUUUGUUUAACGCUGUCAAGGAAUUUUUGGUCUCAAAACCUUGGCUCUUUACGCAAUACUGCAUUGAGAUGUUGCUUCCUUUCUGCUUAAAGUCCAUAAGCUUACUAACCAGCAAUGAGCCAUACUUUGAAAUUGAUGAAUGCUUUGUCAGCAUCAUCGAAGUUAUAGACCAUAUACUGUUAGUCCACAGGUUUAAGUUGUCUAAUCGUCACCAUUUAAUAAACUCCGUUCUUUGCCAGCUUUUAGAAAUACUAGCAAUGCAUGACGGCAAACUCUCUGUGGGGCCAGCGGAUGCCGUAUCUAGACUAAUAACAAACUAUUGUGAGCCGUAUAAUUUCUCAAAUGCUCAAAAUGGGUCGAAGAACAACUUAAGCUCAAAGAUAAGUUUGAUCAAACAAUCCAUUAGAAAAAAUGUUCUUGUGGUUCUAACUAAGUAUAUCCAACUGUCUAUUACUAUACAAUUUAGUUCUACCAUCAAGAAAAACUUACAGCCUGGUAUUUAUGCAAUAUUUGAUAUAUUAUCUCAAAACGAACUAAGUCAUUUGAAUGCUUUCCUAGACACACCUGGGAGGCAGUAUUUCAAAUCACUCUACCUUCAAUACAAAAAGAGUGGUAAAUGGCGCGAAGAUUAA